GAGGAUCUCACCUCAACAUUAAAAAUCGGGAGAGGAUCUCCACUAAACACUGUACACCAAAUCGCCAUUAAACAUUGUACAACAACCAAACUGGAUACAGUUCCACCUUUAGGAAUGCGGAGUAGAUUCCACGGGUUCUAUGUUCCACUCCUCCCUGAGCUGGAUCUGAACUUGGUUCUCUCAGAAAUUAUUCAUGCCACACAGCCAUUUGCCCAGUGAAUCAGGUGUGUUUAUCAUGGGAUGGAUGUCAGCUGCAACCUUACUUAUUGCUUAAUGGCAACAAGAAUGCAAGAAGCAGAGCAAAGCGAUCUGCUGGGGAUAUUGCCACUUUUCCUAGAGGAGAGACAACUCAACAGGACCAAUGAGUCCUUACAGGACUUAUUCAGGGGUUUUAACUUUGAGAAAUCCGAUAUCAUUGGAGAUAGCACUGCCAUAGUGAGGAUCAUAAUAUCCAUCGUUUACUCGGUAGUGUGUGCCCUAGGACUGGUGGGCAAUGUGCUGGUGCUGUACCUCAUGAAGACUAAGCAAGGAUGGAAGAAAUCUUCCAUCAACCUCUUUGUCACCAGUUUGGCUGUGACGGACUUCCAGUUCGUAUUGACUUUGCCCUUCUGGGCAGUGGAGAACGCAUUGGACUUCAGCUGGCUUUUUGGCAAAGCUAUGUGCAAAAUCGUAUCUUAUGUAACAGCCAUGAAUAUGUAUGCUAGCGUGUUUUUUCUCACUGCCAUGAGUGUAGCCAGAUAUUAUUCUGUGGCAUCAGCUCUUAAAUCGAAAAGAAGACCCAUUGGGUGCUCUGCCAAGUGGGUCAGUAUUCUGAUUUGGGUUUCUGCUAUUUUAGCGUCCCUACCAAACGCAAUUUUCUCCACAACUUCAACUGUGUCCAGUGAAGUGCUUUGUCUGGUUAAAUUUCCAGUUAAUAAUGGUAAUGCUCAGUUCUGGCUGGGACUGUACCAUGCUCAGAAAGUUCUACUAGGGUUCUUGAUCCCUUUGGUAAUAAUUACUAUAUGUUACCUCCUUUUAGUAAGAUUUAUCACAGACAGGAAUGUAAGCAGCUCCAGCACCAAGAGAAGAUCUAAAGUUACCAAAUCUGUAACCAUUGUGGUACUUUCAUUUUUCCUGUGCUGGCUUCCUAACCAAGCCUUAACCACCUGGGGUAUUUUGAUCAAAAUGAAUGUAGUGCAAUUUAGUUAUGAAUAUUUCACCACCCAGGCUUAUAUAUUCCCCAUCACUGUGUGUCUGGCUCACUCCAACAGCUGUCUCAAUCCCAUCCUGUACUGCCUGAUGAGGAGGGAAUUCCGUAAAGCUCUCAAGAACCUCUUCUGGAGAAUGACAUCUCCAUCGCUUACUAACAUGCGCCCUUUCACAGCCACCACCAAGCCGGAGCAGGACGAGCAGGCACAUGGCAUGGUGCCCUUGAAUCCUGCUGAGCCAGAUGUGAUUUGUUACCCACCAGGGGCUGUGAUCUAUAAUGGCCGGUAUGACCUACUGCCUAACAGUUCUGCAGAUCAGCGUUAUUAGACAUCUGCCCAACAAUCUGGACGUUAUAAUGGAACAUCUGACCCUUUGAGGAGCUCUACCAGGUGUUUUGCGCUGGACUACAGUCGAACAUUCUCCUGAUUGUCUGGUGAUUCUAUCAGGUAUUUUGCACACAAUACCUGGAACUUUCGGAAACCCAAACACAUUACCACUUAAUACGGGUAGUCUAGGUGGAAUUAAGGGGUGUGAUCCACCUUCCUAAUGAGCAUCUAUAAAUUGGGUAUGUACCAUUGAUGGAGUGGGAUAGGAGAGUGGGUUUUUAAUGCCUAGCGUUGUAAUCCUACCAUAGCCAUUAUCAAAGAGAAGUUUAUGAAGAAACGUUAGGAGCAUAGAUGAAUAAGUAAUAACUGCCUAUCAGAAAUGGUUUUAUUUUGUAAA